UGAGAGAGAGAGGGUCCACGACAUGUUCCUCAACCGCAUGACACCCAAUUCAACAACAAGUUCAUCAACUUUUUGAGGUUUCAUUUCAACUGCCCCCAUUAUUCUCUUCUGUCUUCUUCAAGAGAGUUUAGAGGUGCAUCUAUCGGUCGAUAAUGGGGAAGUCUCCUGGAAAGUGGAUCAAGACUGUGCUUUUUGGGAAGAAGUCAUCCAAGUCUAAUUUAUCAAAAGAUGUUACCGCAGAAAUAAAGACAGCCGUUGCUGGUAAGGCAGAAACAAGGGAUUUUGGUGCUGAUCCUAUGGUUAUUUCUAGCCCAGUGCGUCCUGUCAUUGCUUCAAGUGGAGAGAAUACAGAAAUGGAGAAUAACUCCAGUGUGAACCUAAUGCCUGAUACUGCUGAACACAUAGGCAGUCCUGUGGAUUUAAAUCCUGUAAGCGGCGAGGAGUUAAUCAGGCUAGAGCAAGCAGCAACAAAGGCACAGGCUGCUUUCAGAGGCUAUUUGGCCCGGAGAGCAUUUUGGGCCCUCAAGGGCAUCAUAAGGCUUCAAGCCCUUGUUCGUGGUCACCUGGUUAGGAGACAGGCUGUUGCUACUUUGAGUUGCAUGCGUGCAAUGAUUGAGUUCCAGGCGUUGGUUCGCGGCCGAAGGGUCAGACUUUCUGAUAGUGGCCAAACGCUUCAAAAGUGCACUCCGCGAAAAUUUUUGGAUAAGAAACCUGCAGAUUUGCUUGGAGCAUCCCUCAGAGUAGAGAAGCUAUCAACAAACGUGUUUGCCACUAAGCUUGUUGCUUCAUCUCACACUACCAUGCCCUUAAGCUUCCAGUAUGAAUCAGAUGAACCAAAUUCAGUGAGACAUUGGCUUGACCGUUGGUCAUCUUCCUGCUUCUGGGAACCACUUCCCCAACCUAAAAAGACACUUGAUCCGAAACCUAAAAGAAAGCAGGCUAAAAUGCAAGCUGAGGAAAUUGAAAUAGGGAGGCCAAAAAGAAGUGUUCGCAGAACUCCUGCAGCAAAUGGUGACAACAGCCUGUCGAAUUCAUCCGAAAACGAAAAAUCUAGACGUACUGUCAGAAAAGUCAACCAUCAAGCUGACUCGGGUCAAGAGCAAUCUAUUAAUGAACUUGAAAAAGUCAAGCGCAAUCUAAGAAAAAUAUCUCUAUCCACCUCUGCAGCUUCCGAGAAGUCGGAAACCAACAUUGAAAAACCUUUACCCAGUAUGAACAAAGAGAUUCCUGAGCAGGAAACCAAUAAUCCCCCAGAGAAAGUAAAUGGUUUAUCUGCUGAGAGUGAUAAACAGCCUGACCCCAAGCCUGAGUCUGAGCCUGAGCCAGAGCCAGAAGAACUCUCGGUUCAACCUCCAGAGGAUAAACCACUUGAUGUGUUGCAAGAAGAUCAUUCUCCCAUUGAACCACCAUCCCAAGAAACCAAUGGGAAGCAUGAAGAGGAAGCUCCUGCAAAUGUGGAGUCAAAUGGAAAGGAAAACCACAAAGCACGGAGGAGAAAGUCUUUACCAGCAAAACAAGAAUAUCAUGAGAGUGUAUCACAGAACACACCAACCUUGCCAAGCUACAUGGCAGCCACUGAAUCAGCAAAGGCCAAGCUAAGAGCACAAGCAGCAGCGAAAGCUGCUGAAGAAGGCGCUGAAAAUGGUUUCACCAGGCGGCAAUCUCUACCAUCUGCAACUGCGAAACCGAGCUUGCACUCACCACGAGUUCAGAAGCCUUUACAUGCCAAUGGCAAAGGAGGGAGUAAACCUAACAAAUCCCAAAUAUCCCCUAGAGAUGAAAAAGUGAUACAGUCUGGAUGGAGGAGGUGAGUGCAGUGAUCAGCAAAUCCUUGGAGGAGGAGGUGAGACCAUCUGUUGCAGCUUCGAUAUGGUUCUUAUUGUGUUUUGCUACAUUGUUAGGCAUUAAGAAAUAACUGUUGUUUGUUGUCGCCGGUUUGAUCAUUUUCUUUUGUUUCCGGGGAUGGUAUAGCCAGUGUCUGAAUGUCGCCGGUUUGAUCAUUUUCUUUUGUUUCCGGGGAUGGUAUAGCCAGUGUCUGAAUGUAUAGUUAUGAACCGAAGUUUGUUUUGAUGUUAUUCAUGUGUUUUUCCUA